CCUUGCUGAGGAGCUGGAGCAGGAGGAAGGACUCACCCCUGAAGAACUGGUGCAGAAACAACUCCUGGACUUGAAAGAGGAGGAAGGUGGGCUGGCAGCCCCGAGCCACAGUGCACCCGGAAUGGGCUCAAGUCCAUCUGAGUCCCACGCCGGCCAAGGUGCCCAGAGGCACGACCAAGACCGCCAUCGAGGGGUCAGUGAUGAAGCCUGCCCACCAGCGAUUGAUUUUGAGGCUCUUCAUAGGCCCAUCCGAACAGACACUGGCCCGUUCGUGCUCAGAGUCUUUGUUCCCUUUCGAGGACGUCAGGCUGGCAAGGGAGGCUGGACCCCAGGCUUUCCUCCUCAAGCUCCACCACCAGCUGCCCAGCUGGCCCCUAUCAUUCGCCCCGUGAACUCUGGGCCAUGGCCACAUGACACUUCCAGGGAGGGCCGCCUGGCCACAAACCAGUCCAACGCCUCGCAGGAUGGCUCCUCUAACACCCAGAGAGAGUACAGUAACUUCCGACGUUGGCAGCACAUCAAGCCCCUGGCCCGGAGACACUUUCACCUGAGUCCUGAUGCAGAAGCUUUUUCCUGCUUUCUCAUCCCAGUGCUUCGAUCCGUGGCCCGCCUGAAUCCCAACAUGCCGCUGGAGGAGGGACUGUGGAGGGCCGUGCAGGAAUGGCGGUGCAGAAGCAACCCUGACCGGGUGAUCUACUACGAGAGGGCGGAAAAGUUCAUGGAAUUUGCGGCCGAGGAGGAGAUGCACAUUCAGCAUUUGCAGUGCAUGCAGUGCGCGCAGGACCUGCCUCCUCCAGCCCCACCGAAGCUGGAUCCUCGGGGGCCCCCAGCCCCGUCCGGCCCCAGGGCCCAGCCCUCGCACCCGAAGCCACACAGAUCCCAGCGGAACCCGGAGCCCAAGGCGCCCAAGGUGAUUCCCCCUGAGACUGUGAGGGAGUAUGUGGACAGGAUGGAGGCGCUGGCGGGGCACGUCCACUCAGCCACAGGCAAGUCACCUGCAGAAUGUGGAAAGGACGGAAAUGAGCUGAACCAGGAAGAGGACGACACCUACUUGGACCCGUGUCUCUUGAGCUGCAUUGACGAGCUGCGUUCCCGGGAAGACUCUGUCACCAAGGUGGAGGCAGUCAUUCACCCUCGAUUCCUGGCAGAAUUGUUUUCCCCAGACCCACAGCUGGAUGUCUUGGCCCUUGCUGAGGAGCUGGAGCAGGAGGAAGGACUCACCCCUGAAGAACUGGUGCAGAAACAACUCCUGGACUUGAAAGAGGAGGAAGGUGGGCUGGCAGCCCCGAGCCACAGUGCACCCGGAAUGGGCUCAAGUCCAUCUGAGUCCUACGCCGGCCAAGGUGCCCAGAGGCAGGUGGUUGUGAUGGCCAGUACUGUGGGGUCUUGUGAUCUCAGAGCAGACACUGGAGGCUGA